GUGUUGACGAUCUAACAAUUUGGAGAGUUGGAGGAAGUAGGAAGUAGGAACCGAGAGAUCAACUCCAUAGCAAUGGCAUGUGCAAGGUUUUUCACUCUAAAAGCUAUCCAUGGAACGUGGACGCACUCGCAACACCUCCGCCCUCGUAUUAAUACUUCCGGCAUCGUUAGGGCUUUCUCCGCCCUCAAGUCGCCGCCGUCUACAGCAGUGUUCUAUGAGAAGCACGGUCCUCCGGAUACUGUCACCAAAGUAAUCGAACUUCCACCAGUUCCAGUUGGAGCAAAACGACGUCUGUGUUAAAAUGCUUGCUGCUCCCAUCAAUCCAUCUGACAUUAAUAGAAUCGAAGGUGUCUACCCUGUGAGGCCACCACUCCCAACUGUUGCAGGAUAUGAAGGUGUUGGAGAAGUACACUCAAUAGGCUCAGCAGUACAAGGUCUUUCUCCUGGCGAUUUGGUUAUGGCAUCUCCACCUUCACCUGGGACAUGGCAGACACAUGUUGUUAAAGAUAAAGAUUUCUGGCACAAAAUCGAUAGAGGUACACCAGUUGAAUAUGCUGCCACAGUUACAAUAAAUCCUUUGACUGCACUAAGGAUGAUAGAAGACUAUGUGGAUCUCAAAUCAGGGGAUGCAAUUGUGCAAAAUGGAGCAACUAGCAUGGUUGGACAGUGUGUGAUUCAGCUUGCUAAACUCCGUGGCAUUCAUACCAUCAAUAUUAUAAGGGACAGGCCAGGGUCAGAUGAUGCGAAAGAGAAACUCAAGAAACUUGGUGCUGAUGUCGUGUUUACCGAGAGCCAGCUUGAUGUAAAAAAUGUCAAGGGCUUUUUGGAUAAUUUACCCGAACCUGCACUGGGAUUUAAUUGUGUUGGUGGUAAUGCUGCUUCUUUGGUUCUUAAAUUCUUAAGGCAGGGUGGGACAAUGGUGACCUUUGGCGGAAUGGCUAAGAAGCCUGUAACUGUAUCAACUUCAUCCUUCAUAUUUAAAGAGCUUUCGUUGAAAGGAUUCUGGUUGCAAAAAUGGAUUAGCUCAGAUAGGAAAGAAGAAUGCAGAGAAAUGAUAGAUUACCUUUUGGGAUUGAUUCGUGAGGGAAAAUUGAAAUACGAUAUGGAGCUUGCUCCCUUUAAUGAGUUUCACACAGCAUUAGACAAGGCACUUGGGAAGCUCGGAAGCCAACCUAAGCAAGUCAUUAAGUUCUAAUUCCACCUAAUUAUGACAAUGUACUUCUAACCUUGUAUAUUGUCUUUGAUAUUUACAAAAUAAUAAUAAUAAUAAUAAUAAUGGCAGUUGUUCCUUUUACAUCAAGUGUGC